AUGGAUGGCCCUAGUCCUACGCCCAUCUCUCCAUCCACCGUCCAUGUCAUCCUCGACUAUCUCUCUCCUCUCAGCGUUCCUAUUCCUCCCCAUCUCUUGUCCCGGCUGCUUCUUCAGCGCCAUCAUUUCUUGAAUCUUGCCCCAGACAAUCCGGAGGAAUAUCUCGCAUGGCCUUCUGAGCAUAGGUCACACGCAAUCCAUCUAUUGCAAACAACUCCCUUUCCGGCUCAUGACAACCCUCUUCCGGUACAUUAUCUGCCAGACCCUGAAAAUAUCCAAGCACACGUCCGCAUUACCCCCGAUCUCCGUCUAGUUUUUCUUUGGGAUAAAGACCACGGCUGGCAAUACCACAACCUAGCUCUCAUGCCGUUCCCUCCUAAUUCUUACUCCUCUUUCAAUGAUUCGCUCCUGGCGAGCUCCAUCGAUGACUUCCUUCCAGAACAAUCCGAGCACUCCGUUUCUUUCAAUGUCGAAGAUGACGACGAUUCCUAUUGGAACUCUUACGGCCAGGGUGACGAACCCAAUCACCACUCUGUCUCUGCUGCUAAUGCAGAUCAGAAUCUAAGCUCCGAGGAUGCAUAUUGGGCACAGUACUCUGCUGUUCAAGGUUCUGGCGAUUCUACCCUACCCUCCCCGCGGCCCCACCCAAACAAACAGCUGAGCUCCAACAACGUACUUCCUGAGCGAAUCAUUGUAGCUUCAGAUGAAUUCCAGAACAAUAAGGUAGAGGUUUACAAUCCUCUGGAACCCCCCGCUCCAGCAUCUCUUGCUCGCCGUUUGGAGGCUCUUUCUGCUGGAUCCGGGGCCGAAUCACCACCCCUAUUCGACAACGACGAUCCCACGUCAGAUUCCGCCAUUGCAUCGCCUCUUGAUCCCGUACCCGCUCUCACAUCGUCAUCAUCCACUGCUAGCCCGAAGCAAUCCUCCUCCGAAGAAUUCGUCGUACUCGAAUCCAACAAAAAUUCUAUCGAUGACGCUACGCAAAACAUCCUAUGUGACAACAUCAAGGGCCUCUACCGACUUUGGAAACUCAACAGACCUAAUACCGUUGUUGAGGACGAUAAAGAGGUCUUCCUAGCCACUGUUCGCCAAGCCUUGCAACAAUUGUAA